AUGCCGCCGGCAGCAGAAGGAGGCGCGCAGGGCGGGAACUUACCCGGCGCGCAUUAUGCGCGGGAGGCCGCCGCAGAGGCGGACAGCAGGGCGGCGGCGAGCGGCAAUGGCGGAGCGAAGGAGGGGAUGCGGGUGGUGCUGGUCUCUCUGGAGUACCGCGCGGGCACGUUCAGCGGCAACGGCGUCUACUCGCAGUCGCUCGUGCGCUCGCUCGUCGCUCACGGCCACUCCGUGAUGGUCGUCAGGUGCGGGGGGGAGGGGGGCGUGGGGAGGGGGAGUUUUGAUCUCGUGCCAGUGGCGCUGCCUUCACUGACCUGCCAUCUGCCUCUUGCCUUCUUUGACGAGCCUUUCCCCUUCUGCCCCACCAAUGCUCCCCUCUCCCCCCGCCGCACCUCCCCUCCUUCCCCCUUCCCCUGCAGUGCAGCUCCCCCCCCUAGCACCACCCAACUCCCUCCGCCCAAUUCCUCCGCCUCUCCUCCCAAGCCCUCCUCGCCCUGCCCGCCCUCCCCCGCGCCCAUCGUCGUGAGGCUGCGCCAGCAGCGUCCGACACGCUCUCUCCAUUCGGCAGGCCAGCCGGGCGGCAUGCCUCAGCAGGCAGGCGGCAAGCAGAAUGCAGCAGCGGCGGGCGCAUCCUGUGAGCGCGGAGGCAGCAGCGUGGGGGGCCAGAGGAACGGGGCAGAGGAGGAGGAGAAUUCUAUGGAGGCGGAGCAGGGCUGCGUGGUGGAGGAGGAGGAGGCGGGGCAGGUGGAGCAGUGCGUGGUGGAGGUGCCCGUGAGCGCGUGGGGGCGCCUGGACUGGCGCUGCUGCUGGCAGCAGUGGGCGCACCGGCUGGCGGGCGAGGGGGCGGGGGGGGGUGCGGAGGUGGCGCGCAGAGUGGCGCAGUUCACCCCGCAGUGGGCGCUGGUGGUGGACUGGUCCGCCGUGCCCGCCUUCACCGCCAUUGCUGCUGCUCCCGUGUGGGCCGAGACCCUUGCUGCGCAUGGUGGUGAGGGAGGCAGUGCAGCAUAUGGCAGUGUGGUGGAUGGCAGUGGCGAGAGUGGGAGGGCAGGCAGGCAGGCAGCAGAGCAGCGCGGGCAGGCAGCUCCCAGGCGGCCGCGCAUGGCAUACCUCAACUUCCGCGUGUACUCGCUCUCGCACUACCAGCCUUCUGCCGCCACCACCACUGCACCUGCUGCCGCCACCACGUCUGACCCUGCUGCCGCCACCACGUCUGACCCUGCUGCAGCCGGCAGUGCUGGGGAGAAGGGUGAGCGGGGGGUGGAGGAGGAGACGGAGGCGGGCAGGGAGCGGGCGUUUUACCGGGAGAAGGAGAGCGAGGCCGUUGCCAUGGCGGAUGUGGUGACUGCUCUCAGCUCACGGGAUGCGCGGUACCUGGCAGACAGCCUGGGCGCGGGGCGCAAGGCGGGGGUGGAGCCACACGCGCUGCUGCCGCCCCUCCGAGAAGACAUCCGCGUGCUGGCGGUGGGGCGAGAGAUGAGCGCCACCUCAUGGCCAAGGGAGCGACUGUACCUGGUGUGCUGCGUGCGCCUGUCCCCCGAGAAGAACGCCGCCUUGCUGCCCCCCUUGCUGCGCCUGCUGGCGCCACACCUGCCAGCGCUGGGCGUCACACCGCUGCUCUGCGCCGGCACUGCUGCCACGCGCGGUGCCUUCGGGGAGGCCGUGCUGCGCGAGGUGGUGGCGGCUGCACCGGGUGCCGUGGUGGUGGAUGGGUUCAUGGGGCCUGACAGGAUGGCCCAGCUGUACUCGCACGUGAGAGUUCUGCGUGCCCUUGUCAUGCAUGCCUGUAUUGCCAUCUGUUCCCAAACCAUACGCUGUGCCAAUGUGUUUGCAUUCUCAUCAUUCACCCCAGCAUACGCUGUGCCAAUGUGUUUGCAUUCUCAUCAUUCACCCCAGCAUACGCUGUGCCAAUGUGUUUGCAUUCUCUCCAUUGCCUCUGCCCUCCCACCUUUGCACCCCCUUCCCACCUGCCAAGUCCCUGUUCCCAUGCAACCACACGCCCCCUUUUGCUCUCUCCCCCUCUCCCCCUCUCGCCCGCUCCCCCUAUUCUCCCCUCAAUCUCCCCCUCUCCCUCUCCCCCUCUCCCCUUUCCCCCUCUCCCCCUCUCCCUCUCUCCCCCUCCCCCCUCUCCCCCUCUCCCCCUCUCCCCCUCUCCCCCUCCCCCCUCUCCCCCUCUCCCCCUCUCCCCCUCUCCCCCUCUCCCCCUCUCCCCCUCUCCCCCUCUCCCCCUCUCCCCCUCUCCCCCUCUCCCCCUCUCCCCCUCUCCCCCUCUCCCCCUGCCUCCCUCGCCUCCAGAGUCUGCUCAACAUCCACCCCUGCCUGUACGACGCAUACGGCAUGACGGUCGUCGAGGCAGCAGCCUUCGCUGCGCCUUCCGUCAUCCACAUCGGCCCGGGCGGCGCAGUGGGAGCAGCCGAGCUUCUGCCGCCCGAAGAGCAGAUGGCACUGCCAGUCGACCUCUCUGCCGCCCUGCCAGUUGUCGCUGAGAGCAUCCUGGCGCUGCUGCGGGACAGGCAGCACCUGGCGCAGGUGGGGCUGGCGGCAAGGCGGCGUAGCUUGGAGUGGAGUGAGGAGGCCAGUGCACGUAGCCUCACUGCCAUUCUGCAGAGGGCGUCACUCUAG